UGUCCGGUGUUGUGUAGAAGAAGGAGAAAAUGUCGGAUUUUUAUGUUUUUUUUAUUUUUUAAACAUUUUCCUUAGAUCGAAUUCAGUUUGCUGUCUCAUUGUUAUUACUAGCUGAAAGCGGUUCUUUCCCCGCCUGUAUUCUGAUUUAUCCCGCCUUUUCUACUGGGAUUGGAUAGUUUUUCAUGUCGUUUUCUCUGACUGGUCAGCUACUUCUGUGCACGACCUACGUAGCCAAUCCUAGCCCAGGAGGCGGGACUUGUUUUAAUACGGGUAGGAAGUCUAGAACGGUUUGCUUGCUAACGUUAGAAAAAUGCUAGUACUGAGUGUCGGCGUUCAGAUUGUUGUUUUUAAUUCCUGAAUAAUUUCAUUUAGAGGAGGAAACGAAUCGCAUGGAGUUGGAGGACAGUAAAGGAGGCUCAGGUCUCCGGCAGUAUUACCUGUCCAAAAUCGAGGAGUUACAGCUGACCGUGAACGAGAAGAGCCAGAAUCUCCGGCGUCUGCAGGCCCAGAGGAACGAGCUCAAUGCUAAAGUGCGUCUGCUUCGUGAGGAGCUGCAGCUGCUGCAGGAACAGGGCUCGUACGUGGGCGAGGUGGUCCGAGCCAUGGACAAGAAGAAAGUGCUGGUGAAGGUUCACCCCGAGGGGAAAUUCGUGGUGGACGUGGAUAAGAACAUCGACAUUAACGACGUGACCCCGAACUGCCGGGUAGCGCUGCGUAACGACAGCUACACACUGCACAAGAUCCUCCCCAACAAGGUGGACCCUCUGGUGUCGCUCAUGAUGGUUGAGAAGGUGCCUGACUCUACCUAUGAGAUGAUCGGUGGUCUGGACAAGCAGAUCAAAGAGAUCAAGGAGGUGAUCGAGCUGCCCGUCAAGCACCCAGAGCUCUUCGAGGCCCUCGGAAUCGCACAGCCGAAGGGGGUGCUGCUGUACGGCCCUCCCGGUACCGGGAAGACGCUGCUGGCCCGAGCCGUGGCUCACCACACCGACUGCACCUUCAUCCGCGUGUCCGGCUCCGAGCUCGUGCAGAAGUUCAUCGGAGAGGGCGCGCGAAUGGUGCGUGAGCUCUUCGUGAUGGCACGUGAGCAUGCGCCAUCCAUCAUCUUCAUGGACGAGAUCGACUCCAUCGGCUCCUCGCGUCUCGAGGGAGGCUCCGGCGGAGACAGCGAGGUGCAGCGCACCAUGCUCGAGCUCCUCAACCAGCUCGACGGCUUCGAGGCCACCAAGAACAUCAAGGUCAUCAUGGCCACCAACCGCAUAGACAUCCUCGACUCGGCUCUGCUCCGGCCCGGACGCAUCGACCGGAAGAUCGAGUUCCCUCCUCCCAACGAGGAGGCCCGUCUGGACAUCCUGAAGAUCCAUUCGCGCAAAAUGAAUCUGACGCGUGGCAUCAACCUUCGCAAAAUCGCUGAGCUCAUGCCAGGGGCAUCGGGUGCUGAGGUUAAGGGCGUUUGUACAGAAGCCGGCAUGUACGCCCUGCGAGAGAGGAGGGUCCACGUCACCCAGGAAGAUUUCGAGAUGGCUGUCGCGAAGGUGAUGCAGAAGGACAGCGAGAAGAACAUGUCUAUCAAGAAGCUCUGGAAGUAGAGCCUAUAUUGCCUCCCCUGAAUUGUAUUGGGGGUUUUUUUUUCCUCCUUUGGUUUAUAAAUGUGCCCUGAAUUUAUUUUAAAUAAACGGUAUCUCCUGUUCAGAUUCAUGCCUCGUCUGUUUUAUAUGAUGCAUGACACGCAUAAUUUAUUAUUUAUUUAUUUACUUACUUACUUACUUGUAUCCAAUUGCAGACAAAGUGAGAAUGUAAUCCUAGCGUGUAACAGCAGUUUGGAUGGUGUUCUUUUUUUAAUUAAAUCCUUAAAACGUACAUUUUUGGCAUCAAAAAGGAGUAGGUCUUUCUCCUGGUGAUCUCCUGCACCACAGCCUUUCAGGUCAUGGUGAUGUCGGACUCUCUUAUUGGUGGAUGGAUACAUAUUUGGUAUCUGAUACCUCCAACAUCAUCACCAGUUCCUUUGGUGCUGUCUUGGGGUCGAAUCCCUGAGAGUUAAUUUGUGGCUCUUUCCUGAAUGACUUUUAAUACUUCUAUCUAUACAAUUGUUUGUACAGAUGUUUCUGGUACGUUCAGUUGUUUAGAAAUUGCUCCUAAGGAUGAACCAAACUCUUCCCCCUCCCUGAGGUCUUGGAUUUUCACCUGGUUUCAAAAGCCCUGGCUCUAAAUAUUUUCAAGGCACUAACAUGAAACGAAGCACGAUUUGCUUCCUCACGUUAGAUCUUCCAUUUUUGUUCUCAUGAUUUUCCAAAUGAGUAAAUCGAACAUCUGGAUGAAGAUCUGACUUCACAGGACUUCACCUGUAGGCUCCACAAGACGUAAUGCCAUCAGUCCUGAUGCCAUCACCAGGUCCUACAGACCUUUUGCCAUGUUCUCAUGUCUCCAACAUAAUUUCAUGACCUCUCGUCUUAUGGAUGUGUAGAUUCACCAAGAACUUUAAGAACACCAAGAAGCUAACCAAUAUUAACAUGCAGGUAGAAACGUCAUGGAACCACGUGACUGGUGCGCCAUGCGAUCUCAGACUAAUCGUUAGAAAGGUAAGAGAGAAGAGUUGCAGGACGACCUGAAAGCAGCAGGAGCAGCAGUUACACACACGGUUGAGAUUAAUGUGACGGCAUGCUGCUGCAGGAAGUGAUGUCAUUUUUUUUUCUUUUUUUUUACAUGCACAUAAUAAAUGGGGUAAAUUUUCUAUAUUUGUCCAAUCAAAAUAAAUUAUAUAUAUAUAUAUAUAUAUACAUACAUACAUACAUACAUUUUGUUGUAAUUAAUUUAAUUAUUAAUUUAUUGUCUUCAUUUUUAGUUUGUUUUUUCAUUGUUCAUUCAUUCAUUUCUGACAUUUACUUGUCCUCCCUAUCUAAAAAAAUAAUAAAUUACCUUAAUCUUUGGAGAAAAGUUCAAAUUCUUUGCGUUAUAUAUUAGUUUAUUCGUGAAGAUGUUAAAAUUUUACAUACGUGAACAAUUCCGUAAUUGUUUUAUAUAUAUUUUUAUAGGGAAAAAAAAAGUGCCUAAUUUUUGUGUAACUGAAUCUGUUUUUUAAUCAUUUACUACCCUGGUCUCGUUUCAGAGCGUUCUGUUAUUGUUGACUUAUUACUGGAGCGAAAACAAGCUUUCUUAUAAUUAUUAACCCGUCGUUACGGCCUUGAGUGUCCUCGUAAGGAAUGUUGUUCUGUCUUUUCUACUUGAACUCGUCCUCGUGUCCGGCACGUCAUCUUGUCUUGCGUCUCCUUCAGCUUUUCCAGGCAGUAAACCUUUGUUACGUCAGCGACCUGCUCAAAGUCCUUAUGUACUGUUUUACCGUCGCAUUGGGACACCUCGGAUACUGUAGGCGCAGUCUGAGGAAGUUCUUCGAACGUAUUUCGACUUCAUUUCGAUUCGUUUACCAGCAACAGGAAAGAUGGAGAUUGAUUACUACUAUUUAAAGAUCUUCUUAACGCCAUUCCUGGGGGUCUCCGUGGCUAUUCUCAUGACGAAAUUCUGCUGUAAGUGUCGGUGCUUCAGCCGUUCGGGUGGGAGCGAGCUGCAGAGUUAUUCCCCCUCCAUCUACGUCAUUCCCUUUCCUGUUAACGACGAUAACGUCGACGAAGGUUCGCUGUCGUCUGUGGCGGCGUUCGAACCCCCUGCGUACGACUCCAUCGCCCCCGGCAACCCUCCACCACCGUAUUCAGAGUGGAAAAUAAGCGUUCCUGACGAGGAGCUGCCGGCGUAUACUGAAAUCGUGGAGGAGCCGUCGUUAAUUCUACCUCCACAGACGCGACACACCUAACAGACACUGAAUACAUACUGACAAACACAAAAGCCAGGACCAACUCCCAGAUAGACAGAUUUAUAGUUAUUAUCUGUCGAUAACGUGAAGUUUACAAUUAUUAUACAAGGGCUUGAUGAUCCAUAGUCCAUGAGUUCAGUACAGUGGAGUGGAGUGUGUCCCUUGUCCUACUGUGUGUGUGUGUGUGUGUGUGUGUGUGUGUGUGUGUGUGUGUGUGUGUGUGUGUGUGUGUGAAUACACUGUGAAAAGACAAUACUAAUGCACUUUACCAGUUGUUAAACCUCCGCCUCUGGUGGGCGGGGUUUGAGAUUGACGUGUGGCGUAACUCGCUCUGGAGCUCGUUAUUAAACUUCUAUAAACAUUCUGGAGAUUUAAACUUUCCUGGGGAAGUCUAUUUAAUUUAGGAAUCAGGAAAAAGUUUUUAAUUUUUAAGUGUUUAUUUUUGUUUCUUUCCUUUUUUUUUCCUUCUUUCUGUCUUUUAUCGCUCGAGCUUUUUCUUUCUUUCUUUCACUGUUUCGUUUCCUUUACUUCUUUCGUUCUUUCUUUCACUGUUUGUCUGUCCUUUUUUCUUUGUUUCUUUUAUUCUUUCUUUCUUUCCUUAUUUAUUUCACUGCUUGUUCUUUCUUUCGCUGUUUUUGUCUUUCACUUGUUCCCUUUCUUCUGUUUUUCUUUCACACUUUCUUUUAAUCUUUCACUGUUUUGGUCUGUCCUUUCUUUCUUUCCAUUUCUCUUAAUGCUUCAUUCUUUUGUUAUUUAUUUCACUGUUUGUUUUUCUUUCUUUCGCUGUUUUUGUCUUUCACUUGUUCCUGUCUUUCAUUCCUUGAUUUUCUUUUUCUUUCAGUUUUUGUCUGUCCUUCUUUCUUUCUAUUUCUCUUAAUGCUUCUUUCUUUCGUUAUUUAUUUCACAGCUUGUUCUUCUUUCUUUCACUCAUUCCUUUUUCUCCCUUUUAUUCUAUUUCUUUCUCUUUCACUUGUUCUUUUCAUUUUUUUCUGUCCCUCUUUCGCUUAUUUUCCCUUUCUGACUUUCUUUCUUUCCCUGUAGAUUUUUUUUUUUUUUUACCUUCGCUUUCACUGUACCUUUCUUUCUUUCUGACUCUUUUUUGUUUUUCCCAUGAGCACGCUGUGUUUCCUUCAGGAAGUGCCUCUCUAAUAAACUGUGUUAAAUAUCAUUACCACACACACACACACACACACACACGUCUCUCUUUCACCCACAGAUGAAUCAGUCAUUAUGGGGUUUGAUCAGGUUUAUUAGACAGACGACUGUGAUUAGUGAUCAGUGAGACCCGAUCCGAGCCGAAUCAGAACCGAACUUCAAUCGGGUUGUUUUAGGGAAGUCUCUGUGUAACAGGACACUUAUUGCUGAUUUAUUUCCAGGACGUUGUGUUAUAGUACGAGCUCGUAAUUAUUUACAGUCGGCAUGACGUCGAUUUAAAGCACAACAUGUACAGGAAUAUUCCCCUCUUUCUCUUCUUCCACCGCCAUAAACCAUAUAAACCAACAUCUACAGUUCACACAGAGUCUGUACAAAUAUACACCGCUGUUCAGUCUCCAUUAACACACACACACACACACACAUUUAAACUACAUCUCAGCUCCAUCACUUCUUUAGGAAUUUAAUAGGAACGGUUUUUAUAUAAUAUAAUAAAUAAAUAAACUUUGAAGGCGCAGUUUAAUUUGG